UGUGUGUGUGCGUGUGUGUAAGAGUGUAAGUGAAAGUGCGCAGCCGAGCCUUGAUGACAGAGGGCCCAGGACCGUUCAGACGACUCGCACGCCCGCGUUCAGCCCACCUCCAGAACAGCUGAGAAAAAGACACAGUCCAGAGAAAGAACAGCAAAAGAGCCAGAUAGAAUCAAAAAGACUUCUGCACUAAACAAAGAAGAAGAAGGAGUAGAGGCAGAGUGAAGGUUUCAGAGAGAGAGAGAGAGAGAGAGGGAGAGGGAGAGAUAGAGAGAGAGGAUCUCCCAGCUUAAUGCGCAAAACGUCCCGCUACCACAUGCUGUGCUCAAUGGCCAACACAGGCUGUCUUCUGCUCUCCGGCUCAGGGAUGCUAACUCACUCUCUCCAGUGUCCCCCUGCGUUCCUCUACCUACCCGAGGGUAACCAGGAGGCCCCAGCUCCCCCAGAAGCCAUGGCUCAGCCAUACGCCCCAGCACAGUAUCCGCCCCCUCCACCUCAGAACGGGUUGCCUGGUGAAUACACCCACCCUGGGCAGGACUACACGGGGCCCAGUCCGGUCCCUGAGCACGCCGCAGCCCUCACUAUCUACACACCCACACAGACACACAGCGAGCCACCUGGCACUGACAGCAGCACGCCUUCCCUCACAGGCAAUAGCAGCAUACAACAAGCGGACGACGUGGCACAGACAGACGGCUCCCAGCAGCUUCAGCUCCAGCCCUCAGACUCUUCGGAGAAGCAGCAGCCCAAACGGUUACACGUCUCCAACAUUCCCUUUCGCUUCCGUGACCCAGACCUCCGGCAAAUGUUCGGGCAAUUUGGGAAAAUUUUGGAUGUGGAAAUUAUUUUUAACGAGCGGGGCUCUAAGGGUUUUGGUUUUGUAACUUUCGAAACAAGCGCAGACGCAGACCGCGCACGGGAGAAAUUAAAUGGUACAAUCGUAGAGGGACGCAAAAUUGAGGUAAAUAAUGCAACGGCAAGAGUAAUGACAAACAAAAAAGUGGCCAACCCUUAUACAAACGGCUGGAAGCUGAAUCCAGUGGUGGGAGCUGUCUAUGGUCCUGAAUUUUAUGCAGUGACAGGCUUCCCCUAUCCAACCACAGGGGCGACGGUGGCUUACAGGGGCACCCACUUGAGAGGCAGAGGUCGUGCCGUCUACAACACGUUCCGUGCCGCGCCUCCACCCCCUCCCAUUCCUGCUUACGGAGCUGUGGUUUACCAAGAUGGCUUCUACGGUGCUGAGAUCUAUGGUGGCUAUGCAGCAUACAGAUAUGCCCAACCAGCCGCAGCAGCUGCAGCGGCCUACAGUGACAGCUAUGGCAGAGUCUAUGCAACAGCAGACCCUUAUCACCACACGAUUGGACCUGCAGCCACGUACAGCGUGGGCACUAUGGCUAGCCUUUACAGAGGAGGUUACAGUCGCUUCACACCCUACUAGAGAGAGAAUCAAUCCCCCGACCAAACAAACAAACAAACAAACAAACAAAACACAAACAAACAACCCACCCACCUCCACCUUCAAGGUUCGCAAAGCGCGAACCUUCCCCGAACAGUCACAUUUGGGCUAAAGCUCUGCGUAUCAUCCUGUGGUUAUCCAGCAUUUCUGUUGCUCGGCUAUUGAUUUGGAAUCUGUUUUGUUUGUAUUGAAAUGUGUGGUCCGGGAGGGGAGGGGCUGAGUGACAGAGAGGAGAAGGGCGGGGGGGUGGGGUGCUGUCCAAUGAGUUUUCUCAUUUAGUCGCGGCGUAGAUUUAUGGGCAUGAGCUCAGCUGAUUUAUGUGGACAGGGAGUGGGCCAGGAAGUGAGUUUAUUUGCCUUACUAAAUGGCACAAGAAUGAGCAACUUGAGCAAAACAACAGCAGCGCUAGACUCGCAUACGUAUAUUUGCAGUUUUUGCAUUAAAGGCCCCACUGAACACCCACUUACUAGAAGUGAUGAUGACUGCUAUUCAUUACAAUAUGAAAAGAAAAACCUCUAAGGUUUGCUUAUGCUAUCUGUAAACUACUAAUAUAGCCUUACUAUUUUUCCUCCAGUAAAUAUCAAAGGGAAACAUUCAUUUACAAAUCUCUUAUGGAGUCUAUGAUUGUUUACCAAAAUUAUAUAGUAGUAGUGUUUAAACUGAUAGUUAGCUGUAUGAUGAUGAUUUUCAAGCAAUUCUCUGUCACUCACACCCUCUUUCACUUUAACGUACUGUUAUAUAACUCAAUGAAUUUAUUGUCUGUAUGAUUGCAACUGUCAUUUGGCAAGAUUGAUGUCAAGUUUUUAUUAAUAUUUGGUAAAAAGUAUUCCAUUGCCACAGAUGGACUUAAAAUACCUUUUAGGAUUUUAGUAUUAUUUUGAUAUACUUUAAUUUUUCCAUAAUAAAUUAUUAUUAUUAUUAUUAUUAUUAUUAUUAUUAUUUCCGCUUAUACACCAAUCAUAAUCAUCAUUAUUAUUAAUAUUAUUUUUAUUAUCACUUCCGCUUAUACAACGAUAAUAAUAAUUAUUAUUAUUAUUGUUAUUAUUUCUAUUAUGGUAACACUACAAUAUGGUUUCGUUUGUUAACAUUACUUAACUACAUUAGUAAACAUGAACUAACAAAAAACAAUACUUCUACAGCAUUUAUUGAUCUCUAUUAAUCUUAAUCUUGACAUUUACUAUUACAUUUUUAAGAUCAAAAAUCACUGCACAGUGAACUAAAAUGAACAUAGGCAUUUUAUGAACUAACAUUAACUAAGGUUAAUAUAUGCUGUAAAAAUAUAUUUCUGAUUUUUAGUUGAUUUAACUAAUAUUAAGAAAUAAGAAUUAAUUGUAAAGUGUUGCCAUUUAUAUAUAGUCAAAACCAAAAUUAAUCAGACAUUGAUUUUUUUUUUUUUUUACUAGCGGGUACAGGACACUAUAGUUCAUUUAUGUAAGUGAGGAUAGCAAAAUAAAGUAAACUGUGACAUAUUAUACCCAAAAAUUCUUCAUACAGUGGU